CGCGUCCCGCCCUGGCCAGUCAGGGCUUCCGAAUUGCUGCAGCAGUACACCGGUGCGAGGAGGAUGUCGGGGCCAACGCUGCCUGGCGCGAAGGCGAUCCAUGUCGACACCCGCGGGGCACUCAUACUGGACGAGGAGUCACCCGACUACGCCUCUUUCGUUCACUCGCAUGCUGACCUUUGCCUCCAGAUUGGUGGCUCGCUGGCAAAAGUAGUCUACUUCACCCGCUCCCCGGAACCGCCAAAGUCACCGUCAGUAGCGGCUACGCGGGGCUCGGGCUCGAGCGCCGCCAGCGACCUCUCCUCCCCCAUCUCAUCUUCACCACCCCGAGAUACCCCCGUCUCUGGCUCUCCAACCUCGAGCGCAAAGUACAACGCAAAACUCAACGGCGCACUCACACCAGCGGUGCUCGAGAACGGCCAUGCAAGCCCGCCCGCACCCGAGCACCCCCUCCUCGACCACCGCUUCCUGCAGGGCUCGCUUCUCCGGCGAGCGUCCGUGCAGCACUUUCCCGGCGGGCAGCUGAACUUUGAGCGGUACGAGACGGAGCACAUCGACGCGUGCGUCGAGUUCAUCCAGGGGCUCAUCGAGCACAGCGCCGCGCUCAACGGCGUGCCCAUCGCGGAGAUGCGGCGCUCCGUCAAGAUCAUGGCGACGGGCGGGGGCGCGCACAAGUUCCACGAGCUCUUCGGGCAGGAGCUGUGCGUCGAGGUGCGGCGGGAGGACGAGAUGGAGUGUCUGAUCGAGGGCCUCAAGUUCAUCACGCUCAUCCCGGACGAGGUGUACUACUUCUCCGACGAGCUCAUCGACGCGGUGUCGCACCCGGGCGGCACCCUCGAGCGGCCGAGCCCGAACCCGCCCAAGUACGCGGUGACGUUCGUGCAGGACCCGACGCCGCAGCUGCCGUGCCUGCUGGUGAACAUCGGCUCGGGCGUGUCGAUCAUCAAGGUGGACGAGGACGGCACGUACGAGCGCGUGAGCGGGACGAAGAUCCUCGAGCUGUCCGAGAAGGGCGACAACUCCAAGGUGGACAUGCUCGUCGGGGAUAUCUACGGGUCGGACUACAGCAAGCUCGGGCUGAAGUCGACUAUGAUCGCGAGCUCGUUCGGCAAGGUGUUCAAGAACCGCGAGCAGAAGGGCACCUUCACGCCGGAGGACAUUUCGAAGAGCCUGCUGUACGCGGUAUCGAACAACAUCGGGCAGAUAGCCUACAUGAACGCGGAGAAGUACAACCUCGAGCGCAUCUACUUUGGGGGCUUCUACAUCCGGGGCCAUGCGGCGACUAUCAGCACAUUGUCGUACGCUAUCAGGUUCUGGAGCAAGGGCACCAAGCGCGCGAUGUUUCUUCGGCACGAGGGCUUCCUCGGUGCGAUAGGAGCGUGGAUCAAGAACAUCGGAGAAGAGCAAGAAGAAGUGUCGAUGUGAUGCUUGUGCCUCGGCGGUUCCCAUGUCAGGGAGAGUUAAGUACAUGGUAUCUAGGAGUCAAAUUUAUCGGUGGGACAAUGAAACCUCUGUACAGUAGACGCACGUACCUUACAUUCUGCGACUGUCCGGACGUGUCCCUGGCUGACACAUGUGCGAAGGCGACACACGCCACUUUGUCUCGUCUCGGUGGUUCGAAGAGCAUAUUCGAGACAGAGCAGAUCGGAUCAGUGUACUGCGUAACGGCAUCGGACGCACUGGCUGAAUCUGGGCGGCUACAGCGGAUGACCGGGACGCAAGGAGCUAACCUGAGUGCACUGGAGCUGUGGGAGUCAGGACGUG